GAGCAGGGUCGUCGGGAUCCCGUCAGCAGCAGCGAAAAAAAGGUCCGGAGUUGAAGCAGUAGAGUUUAAUCCGGCCAAACGUGCAAUUGGUGGGGCAGCAAAAAAUAAUAAAAAAUAAAAAAAGAAGUACGCACCCGCACAACUCCUAUUCCUGUAUAUAGAUUUUUUUUACUAUUCUUAUUUAUUUUAAAUUAAUAUAGAAUUUUCGAGUCAUGGCGCUGAAAAGAAUCCAAAAGGAGCUUACAGACUUACAAAGAGACCCUCCUGCACAGUGUUCUGCUGGACCAGUAGGAGACGACUUGUUUCACUGGCAGGCAACAAUCAUGGGACCGAAUGAUAGCCCAUACCAAGGUGGUGUGUUCUUUCUAACAAUUCAUUUUCCUACAGAUUAUCCUUUCAAGCCACCAAAGGUUGCAUUCACGACAAAGAUUUAUCACCCAAACAUAAACAGCAAUGGGAGUAUUUGCCUCGAUAUUCUCAGAUCACAGUGGUCCCCAGCUCUAACAGUAUCAAAAGUCUUGUUGUCAAUCUGUUCAUUGCUCUGUGACCCCAAUCCUGAUGACCCCUUGGUUCCAGAAAUUGCACACACCUAUAAGGCGGACAGGGAAAAGUACAACAGAUUAGCCAGAGAAUGGACACAAAAGUAUGCAAUGUGAAUUGCACUGUUUUUACAAAUGAACAUCCACAAAAAAAAUAGUAAUUCAAAACAGGUUCUUGAACGAGAAAUACCAACUUUAAAUGCAAAUAAAUCCACAAAAUGGGCCGCCGAAUUUUGUUUACCUGGUACCAUGUGCCAAUCACAGAAAUCUUUUGACUCCUGCUGCAAGGGAAGGACACAGAAAACAUCGACAAAAAGACAACUUGACAACAAUGAAGAAAUGCCUGGUUUUUGAGUGCUCUGGACUACAAACCCUGAAACACUACCAUGUUUUUUAAUGUGAUAGUAAUGAUGGUUAUUAUUUUAAUGUUGUUAUUGUUUAAUUAAUGGAUGCAUAAUAUCUUCAGUGAAGGUGGGAGAUGUUUUAGCGAGGUUCUAACACUAAUAGGGUACAGGCUGGAUUUCAUGGAACCAUAAACAGGGUACAGUGUGUAUAAAAAAAAAAAAAAA